AUGAUGGACGGCCGCCUCCUGGAGCACCCGCAUGCCCAGUUCGGGGGCUCGCUGGGCGGCGUGGUGGGCUUCCCCUACCCGCUGGGCCACCACCACGUGUACGAGCUGGCGGGCCACCAGCUGCAGUCCGCCGCCGCCGCCGCCGUGCCCUUCUCCAUCGACGGCCUGCUCAGCGGCUCGUGCGCCGCCGCCGCCUCGGUGGUCAACCCCACGCCGCUGCUGCCGGCGGCCUGCGGGGUGGGCGGCGACAGCCAGCCCUUCAAGCUGUCGGACUCGGGGGACCCGGACAAGGAGAGCCCGGGCUGCAAGCGGCGGCGCACCCGCACCAACUUCACCGGCUGGCAGCUGGAGGAGCUGGAGAAGGCGUUCAACGAGAGCCACUACCCCGAUGUGUUCAUGCGCGAGGCGCUGGCGCUGCGGCUCGAUCUGGUCGAGUCCCGCGUUCAGGUUUGGUUCCAAAACCGCCGGGCCAAGUGGAGGAAGAAGGAAAACACCAAGAAGGGCCCUGGGCGGCCGGCCCACAAUUCCCACCCGACCACGUGCAGCGGCGAGCCCAUGGACCCCGAGGAGAUCGCGCGGAAGGAGCUGGAGAAGAUGGAGAAGAAGAAGCGCAAGCACGAGAAGAAGCUGCUGAAGAGCCAGAGCCGCCACCUGCACUCGCCAGGCGGCCUGUCCAUGCACAGCGCACCCAGCUCCGACAGCGACAGCGGAGGCGGCGGCCUGUCCCCGGAGCCGCCCGAGCCGCCGCCGCCCAACGCUGCGGCCAAGGGCCCUGGGCACAAUGCGGGCUCCGGUUCGGCGCCCGCACCUCCAGGCGAGCCGCCCGCUCCGGGCACCUGCGACCCUGCCUUUUACCCGAGCCAAAGAAGCGGCGCCGGCCCGCAGCUGCGUCUAGGCCGCCCCGUGGACAAGGACCCGGCCCCGUGUGCGCCCGGGGCGGCGGAGCGCAGCGCUUCGGGCCUGCCCAAGGCCAGCCCGUUCAGCGUGGAGAGUCUGCUGUCCGACUCGCCCCCGCGCCGGAAAGCCGCCCCGGCCAACGCCACUGCCGCAGGGCUGGACUUCACGCCCGGGCUGCCGUGCGCGCCGCGGACCCUCAUCGGCAAGGGCCACUUCCUGCUCUACCCCAUCACGCAGCCCGUGGGCUUCCUGGUGCCGCAGGCCGCGCUCAAAGGCGGUGCGGGUGCUGAGGCCGCGCCCAAGGAUGCGCCGCCCGCGCCCACCGCACCGCCAGCGCCUCCUGCGCAGGCCAGCUUCGGGGUCUUCCCUGGGCCCAGCGGCGCUCCGGACUCUGCCGAGGGUGUUGCCUCCCCAGGAGCCCCGACCCCGGCACCUUUCCGGGACCCAGCUGUGGCCGAGGGCGGCGGCGGGGACUGCUCGGACACAGGGGCCUGUGCCGGGGCCCCACCGCCGCCGCCACUCCCGCGGUCCCCCGGGCCUGGAAGGCCUGGAACACGGGUGCCCAGCCCCGCGGGGGAACCAGCCAUUUGCGGGGCCGGGGCCCCUGAGCCAGGCGCCGCGGCAGUAGCCAGCGCCCUGGAUGGCGAGGAGGUGGACAUGGACUGAGGCGGCCCCAGAGGAGCUCAGCCGCACCGCAGGGGCUCGGUUCCGACUCGCACGCCAUCAGGUGAUCGGCUUAGAAACACUGCUUUCCCCCCC